UGCACUGUUUUUAGGUUAAGGAUAGCACAAUAUUCUUAAAAAAAUUAAUUAUUUGCUAAUAUCGUAAAUAAAUUGAUUAUUAUUUAUAAAAAUUAACAGCGGUACGUUUUUAUUUCCUGGUGUACAUAUUACAGUUACACAAAAGUAUCUUGAGAUGGCCAAAGUGGACAUGGAAUUGAAAAAAGCUUUCGCCGAAUUACAGGAAAAGGCUAUUGACACGACUCAAAAACUGAAAUUAGCCGAUCUUCAAAUAGAAAGUUUAAAGAGAAUGAAACAACAUUCUAUUCUAACUGAGCGUGAAAUCUCAACUCUAGAUAAUGACACUAAAACUUUUGAAUCUGUUGGUCGAAUGUUUAUCUACACCCCACUGCCAGAAAUAAAGGAAAAGUUAAAAAAACGUCAAGCCCUUGCAGAUGAAAAGAUUAAAAUUGAAGAAAACAAUAAACAAUACUUAGAAAAAAAUUUAAAAGAAGCUGAAAAUAAUUUAAGAGAAUUAGUUCAGCAGAGAAAAGAUGCACAUGAAUAAACCUUUUUGUUUACUUUUAUAGAUAUUAUUGAAGAACAUUAUUCAAGCUAAUGACUAUAUUUAGCAUUACAAAAAAAUUAAUUAAGUUGUGUUAAUAUGUUUUUUUUUAUUAUUUAUUAAAAACUAGUCCAUAGCCAGAUAAGUAUGGACCAACCUUUCCUCAAGCUAAGUCUCAGAAUUCAUAUGUAAAAUCCAUGCUUAUCUGAGUAUGACUUUAACUAACAUUUCUGUGUGCAAACGAGUUUUAUAACUAACUGCAUUAUAUAGUAAUUAGUUUUGAUAACAUUUUAAUUAUAUACAUUAUGAAUUGAUAUCUACAUAAUUUUACUUCUAUAAUAAUUUCUCAGUUAAAUAAAAAAGAAAUUAAGAAA